CCCCUCUUAGUCUCCUACCAUAAUCUGUCCAUUCAAGUUACCAAAUGGAAGAUUCAGGGAAGUCUAUCUCCAACGAAACCAGGUCCUCUCUUAAGGAUCAAUCCAACUCAUCGAUUGGAGAUUUUCCCAACAUGAAGGAAUAUCGGUUGGAUGGAAAAAAAUUUCUUCAGUGGGCACAAAUCGUGAGGACGUUUCUUAAAGGAAAAGGGAAGCUCAGUCAUCUGGAAGGCAUUGGUCCAGGACAAAGUGAUCCCAAGUUUCAGACAUGGGACGAAGAAGAUUCCUCAAUUAUGUCAUGGUUGUGGAGCUCAAUGCAACCUGAAAUCAGCAAAAAUUACAUGUUUCUCCCUACUGCCAAGGAGAUAUGGGAGGCUGUUCGUCAGUCUUAUUCAAAAGUUCAAGAUGUAGCAGUAAUAUAUGAACUCAAGACAAAGGCUUCAACAACAAAACAAGGUAACCGUUCUGUUACAGAAUACUACAAUCUCAAGAGAGGACUCUGGCUUGAAAUAGAUCACAAUUUGAAUAUACAGAUGAGGUGUGUUGAAGACACUAAUACUCUCCGAAACCAUAUGGAGAGAGAUAGGAUUUUUGAGUUUUUGGCAGGUCUAAAUGCAAACUAUGAUCAGAUUCGAGUUCAGAUUCUCAGAAAGAAGCGGCUGUCAUCCUUGAAUGAAGUUUUUUCUACUGUAAGAGGAGAAGAAAGCCGACAGACUGUAAUGCUUGAAUACCAACACACCGAAGGAUCCGCCAUGAAAGCAAUUAAGAAGGAAACAAAUCCUGACACAAACAGGAGACCGGAUCUGAUUAAGACAACAGGCAGUGAAGGUUUCUGGUGCAGUUUCUGCAGAAAACCCUGCCAUACAAGAGAAAACUGCUUCAAGCUUCAUGGAAGAACACAGGUGCUCAGCAGAACUCAAAGACAGCCACAAGCGCACAUGACCAGUGAAGGUGAAGCUGCCCCUAUAGAUCAAUACAAACCUGUCUGUGAGGAGAUAUUUAACAGAGAAGAAGUUGGUAAAAUCAGGGCUCUCCUUGACUCCCUAUCUAAGUCUUCUGAUAUGUGUUCAUUGGUCCAGUUAGGACCUAAAAACGGGGAGGACGAUUGGAUUUGCUAAGGAGAAUGGGCUCUAC